AUGUAUACGAUUUAUGACAGUAAUCACAAUAAAGAAUUCCAAACAACCAGACGAUUAUUCGACCAACCUGAAAUAUGGGAGAGACAAAAUAGGAUGGAAUCUGGCAAUGCUUUUCGAAAACUAAACGAAAAUAUGAGCCUCCACACGAAACUCUCAUCGGUUCAAGAACCCACCAGAUCUCUGAAGCAAGAUCAGGCCAUCGCCUGCGGUCCAUCUCACUGCAUCUCAAUGCUAGGUGAGCCAACUAUUUUGCUUGCACAAACAGCCAAUCCCCAGCUGUUGCGUUUAAAGGCAUAUUGGACUUCCUUUGUAAUCCCCAAUGCUGGCCUUCCGGUUAAUAACCUCUGA